UAAGAAUCUAUCUUUUUAGAAAAAGGCAAGAAAAAGGUUUGAAGUUGAAUGUGUUGUACACUUUGCAAAAAUUAUUUGUUUCGCUACAGUGCCGAACUACCUAUUAAUAUUCUGCCUAGAUAAUAUUCGGAUUGAAAUCAUGUGAUUAACUUUUAGGCCUAUUAAUUUCAUAGUAUAAUUCUUAUAAGCCAUUGGCGUGUAAAAUUUGCUGUAUACAAGUAUUGAAUAAAAGAUAAAACGUGUUCAAUCAAUAUAUAUUUGAGUCAUCGUAUUCAUAAAUUAACUGUAAAUAAAGUGCUAUACCACUUUAACCUAGAAUAUUUGCAUCUGGCACUAAAAAAUCUGAGUGUAAUCGUGUCUUCAAAUUUACCUUUUUGAUAUAUUUUAUUAUUGUUUUUUUUACGUAAUAAAAUAAAACAAGUUAUAUUCGCGUUACAUCAAUCGAGGGCAAGGGAAAGUGAUACAAAACAUCUAAUGAAACCGAAGCGGCGCUGUCACAGUCAAAACACAUAGCGCCAUCUACCGACCACAAGAUAAUGAUUAAUCGAAAUUGAAAAGCAUUAUCCUGGGGAGGGGUAAAAUGUUUCCAAAUUUUGUGUGAAGGAUGCCACGUGUUAAAUAUGGGUCUGUGGUUCGAGGAUUGGUCAUACUCGGACUAUUUUGCCUGUGGCUGCAGAUAAUGCUGUCAGCUUCAAGCGGCGGCAUCUAUAGAGAUGGAGAAUAUUCCGAAAGUGUCGUUUAUCGAGGCAUGUCGAAUGGAGACGCUAUAUCUGAAUUGCCUGGAAAAGAAGAGCUGAUGAACGCCAAUGAAACCUCGGAGCAGGUCCUGAGGUUGGUGCCGCCCGAACUUCACAAGUACCUGACCGUGCAUGCCAGAAACGCAAGUGGAAAUUCGACAGAAAAAUCAGUGUUGAGAAACAUUACGGACAUAAGGCGAGCCAUACAGAGGAACAAUGACGCGCAAACAAUUUACAACGAAGAUAUAUUCGGUCCGGUACAAAAUGACACACUCAUCAUAGCCAUCCAGGUACACACCCGCCUGACUUACCUCCGUCACCUCAUCGUGUCUCUGGCCCAGGCGAGGGGUAUAGACAAAACAUUGCUUGUGUUCUCGCACGAUUACUAUGAUGAGGAGAUCAACACUCUUGUUAGAAGUAUCGAUUUUACUAAGGUGAUGCAAAUUUUCUACCCGUACUCAAUACAGACCCACCCCCACGAGUUCCCGGGACGGGACCCCAACGAUUGUCCCAGAGACGCCAAAUACGACGCAGCAAUAAAACUAGGGUGCAACAACGCGAAACACCCAGACCUCCACGGUCACUACCGCGAGGCGGAGUACACGCAGACCAAGCACCAUUGGUGGUGGAAGGCGAACAGGAUCUUCAACCAGCUACAGUGCACUGCGGGACAUACAGGUAUGGUACUCUUCUUGGAAGAAGACCACUACGUAGCCGAAGACUUCAUUCACAUGCUGAAUCUUCUCAAGAGUACUGCGGAUAAGACCUGCCCGUAUUGCGAAAUUUUAUCCCUAGGGACCUACCUUAAAACUUACCAGUACCACGUGAACGGGGAUAAGCGGAAGAAGCAACUCACCCUGAACUACAUACAGCAAGUGCACGCGGCGAACGAGGAGCGAAGGAGACGGCAACAGGAAUCGCAAACGUGGAAUUUCCAAGUUUAUCCCAAUUUGUAUUCGAGUAAACAGAAGGUGGAAAUCACGCCGUGGCAUUCAAGUAUGCACAACAUGGGUUUCGCCUUCAACAGAACCGUAUGGAACUCGAUAAUGGAACUCCAGGAUUUGUUCUGCAAUUAUGACGAUUACAACUGGGAUUAUUCUCUGUUGAAACUGUCUCAGAAUCGCCCGGGCAGGGAGAAAUUUAGGGUUAUUCUGUGCAAGGGGCCUAGGGUGUUUCAUAUUGGGGAAUGUGGCAUCCACCAUAAAAAAUCGAACUGCAACGCUUCUACAGUCAUCAGCAAAGUGCAGAAACUUCUGCAGAACGCCAAGUCAUACAUGUAUCCUAACAGAGUGACCGCCACGAUCACGGCUGGCGGCGCGAAGCAGAACAAGAAGUUGGUGAAGGGCAACGGGGGCUGGGGUGACAUCAGAGAUCGGGAGCUUUGUACGAAUAUGACGAAGAUAGGUAGACAGAGGAAACAAUACACAAACACACCUCAUUUGGCCGACCUUUUGUAGAUUUAAAGCCAGCCAGUUUAUUUUGGAAUGAAUAGUAUCAAAUUUACGCCAUAUUUAUGUAAAGUGUAAGAGUAAAAUAAUUUUUCAUCUAGGCCCAUAACCUCAUAUCAAUUGAUCAAUUUUUAUUUGUGUGUUAAACAGCUUACUUACAAUAUUAUAACAUUCAAUAUGUUUGAGAGAAAUAGUAUCAAAUUGAUGCCAUAAUAAUUUAAUAUAUAAAGUUAUAUGUAAAGUUAAACUUUUUAAGAGAAAAAUACAGUUGUUUCAGCUAGGCCCAUUACCUCAAUAAUGUGUUUUUAACUUGUUUAAUUAUGAAGAAAGGUUACAAAGUGAUAUAAAUAAGCAUUCUUAAUUAUUACAGAAGAAUCGAAAUAUUUAUUUAUAUGGCUUUUUUGUCAAAACACUUUUGGAACCAGUGACAAAUUAAUUUUAGAAUGAUAUCCUUGUAUAAUGUUUUACAUAUUUAAUAGUUAGUUUAACCACUUUUUCUAAUUGUUUUAAUAAUUUUUUGAGAAGGUUUUUUUUUCUUAUACUUAAUACGUUUUUUUUCUCUCUUUUCUCAAUUGGUAUAUUUUUUUGUUGAAUCAGUAUAAAAUUCAGUAUUUUUUACGCGCAAACUGCACUGUAUGUACUUACGAAUAUAGUAUUUUUUUUAUGAUUAAAAAUUUGUAUUAUAGUCUCGUUGCCUAAGUUAAGUUGUUUUUUUAUAUUUGGUUGUUAAAUUUUUUAUUCGAUUUUUCAGAGAAUAUUCAAGCACAAAUAUUUAUAGUAUUUUAAUAUGUGAAAGAUAGAUAAUAAUCAUUAAUAUUUUAAGAUGAAGCACCGUCAUAUUAAUAUCUGAAAUUUAAUUAAUGUCUUUUUAACGAAUGGAAUUAAAUAUAAAUUAGGUGGACAGUGGUAUAGCCGACAACGAGGUGUAUGUCUUAACGCAGGGAAACCUGCACAUUCAGGCAAAUACGAGCCAUAGCUUCAAUUUUUAAAACUGAGAUUGGAUUGUAUCCCUUUCGUGUAAUUAUUUGAUGUUCUAUACCUGGAUCGUGGUUAUUGGCGGAGCCCCAGUUUCGUCUCUUCAAAAGUGGAGGGAGAAAUGAGAAUUUGAUGAAGAUAUGUUGACGAUAUAAAUAAAUAACUAGAGUAUAAUGCCAUAAUGAUUUGAAUGAGUGCAAAUUUGAGAUUUCGACUUUUUGAGUAAUUUCGAUUCAUAUAUAGCACAGUCUUUUUGAUGCAUAUGUGCCUUUUUUUUGUCAAUGAACGUUCAGCUUUUUGUUUGCAAUAUUUAUAAAAAAAAUCACUAAUCACACAUAUUUUUUUAUGGUAAUCAUUUGAUCAUAUGUGUGGCUUUAUAUUCUAUAGAAAUAAUUAAAUAAAUAUAAAUUGUGCAAAAAUGUAUAUUGUGACUAACUCGCUCUCUCGCAUUGAAAGCGCUACGUAUUUUUGCUUUUUUUUAUAUUUAGUUUUUUUUUUGUUAUUAUUUAGGCGGCCGCGCUUUCAAUGCACGAAGCUUGUAGAUAGGGUUUAAUAAUUUCAAGUUUAAAUCAUCUAUUGCUUAAUGUUUUCGUUUAAACUUUUUUUGUAUAUUGUUUUUUUAAUGUUUAUUUGCGUUUUUUUCCCCCAUCAUGAUGGAAGUUCAUAUGAACAUUUAUAACUGUAUACAUGAUUCGUUAGUUUAACUUUUUGUAAACUAAUAUUGUUAGCGACUGAACACACUACCUUAAAAAUCUAAUGGCCUGUAUUAUCAAUGACGCUAAGUACUGAAUGAGUAUUAGAUUUUAUUUGCGAGAAAAAGUUAACUUAGCGAAUUGGUGGAAACAAUGCCGAGACAUUUUUUUUUAAUAGUAAUUAUAUCAGUCAUAUGUAAAAUGUUUUGAAGUCUUACAUCAUGUUUUUUUUAGUAUUUUGUUUUUGUAAAAAGCUGUUUGUUUAGAUAUGUGUAGGUAUGCGCAUUGUAAAGCGUACGUUGUGACGAAUCACGGCGCAUACGCAUAUAUUCAAAAUGGCGGCGUGUAAGCAGGUGCUAUAGUCAUUUGGCCGCCGCACCUUACGUUGAUUGACAACACUAUUCAUUAAUUUUUGAUAAGGCGUAUGUCUUAUCAGGCCUCUCUAUAGAAAGACAUACGCCUUAUACUCGCGUAAUGUAGCAAAAACUCUGUUUGAAACUGAAAAUUGCUUUGAGAGUGAUAAGUUAAGAAACAAUUAAGAAAUAACUUAAAAUGUUAUAGAUUCCUUUUACUCAUAUCGGAAAUUUCCAUUUAUUUACUCAAUAUUUAGCAAAUUCAAAAUCAAACAAUGGCAACACCGUGUCGUCGGCGGCAACGAGCGUUAAGUCGAUACGUAUAAGUGUUGCCAUGUAAUUUUAUCUUCUUUCAAUAUUAAAUUUUCUAAAACAUGUUUAUACAGGGUUAUUUUUAGCUUACCACAAACCUCGCAGGGUAUCUAGCUGACAUCAUAAGCAAUAUAGUUGGUUCUACGAAUUUUGAUAAAACUCAAUAUAUUAAUUAGUAAUGUUUUUUUUUAGUCUGUAUCGUCCUGUCACGCUUGUACGCGAUGCCGCGCCCAACGCUGUUUCUUCGAGUUCCUUCUUUGCUUAUCUUUUACGAUGCUAGAAGAGUUAUAAAUAGUGAAUUGCAUAUUAAAUUAAUAUUUUUUUUGAUGAGGUUAAAAUCUAAUGAAUUAUCAAAACUCGUUAAACAAACGUUGUUGUUUAUGAUGUUAGCUAUCUUAGAACCUGCGAGUUUGCGAGUAAAUUAAAAGUAAUCCUGUAUAUUAACCUACCUGGGAACACGGGAGUCAAGACGAGCCAAGCAGGCACUACCAGCCUUUUUUCGAUAGUUUUUUUAUUAGAUAGUAAAUCUUUUUAAAAGAAAUUUCACAAUUACAAUCGCAGAUUGAACAGUGUUUUUGUAACAUGUUUUAGGUAUACAUUAUGCCGUUUAUUCACUAGUUAUAACAUCGAAAUUAAAUUGUCUUUUGUAAAAAUUUCAUUUGUUCUGUGAUAAAACACAUUUGUUGUAAAUUUGUAUAAAAGAGUGGAAGCGAAACCAAAUACAACCUGUUUAGGUGAAAUAAACACAUUGUAAAAUA